AUUGACGUCAUUUUCCUGCGACUAUUGGACAACAACAUGGCGCUGUUUCCAGCUUUUGCACAAGUUUCUAAUGACAAGGUUGACGAUUCGUCCAACGAAUUGAACUGGCUCAAUAAUAAGAGUUUUCAGACCAGUGAUGCCCUCUCUCUUCACAGUCGCUUUUUAGACAACAAAAGUGACGCAUUAGACAGGAAAGACUUAAGUGAAAUCCAAGAAGAUGAAGACAGUUUGCCAUCCAGAAAAAAGAAAAAGAAGCAUGAAAAGCAUGGAAAAAAGAAGAAAAAACACAAAGAAAAGAAUAAAAAGUAUACAGAUAGUAGUGGAUCAGACUCUGAACCAAUCUUCCCAAGUGAUCUCAAACGGAAACAAGAAGCUGACAGGCCAAAGGUUACUCCAUUAGCGACUUGUUUCUCAUGGUUGGACGACGUUCCGUCGCCCACAGCACAGCCAUUUUGUGUCGACCCAAAAGCCGACCCCGCCAAUUGGACGUAUAAGUCUCUUUACAGAGGACAAGUAGCAAGAUAUAAAAGGAAAGGUAGAUCAUCACUGGGUCUGGACCCUCGCAGACAAGAAGUAAGCUGGGAGGAGUCCAGUAAGAAGAAGGACAAAAAGAAAGGAGCAGACAGAUACUUCUCUGCAGGGUGUCGUCAAUUACUCAGAUCUGAGCUGCCUCUUCCAUUAUUACCAAAAGUUCUGGAAGGCAGCGAUGUCGCCAAUGCCAGCGUCUUUCUUUCACUGGGUGGCACUGGGGGGGAGAAAAAAGGAGAGACUGGUGGGGAAGCACAGACAUCAUCAGUGAAUCCGCUAGGUGUGUACGACUCCACUACUACCCUCUGGCUGCAGGGGAAGGGAAAGCAGGAGGAGGUGGAUCACUGUGAGAACAAUGUGGAGGCUGGGCAAGAAUCUGUCCUUAUGGUUGGCCGGACGGAAGAGUUUAACAGGCAACUUAGAGAACAACCAGCGGACACGCAGCUAUGGUUAAACUUCAUUAGGUACCAGGAUGAGUUGAGUGCCACCGUGUUUGAAAUCGAAGAGGAGCAACGGGGAACAGAUACGUCCGAGCGGCGCAACAAAGCAUCCUAUAAAGCAGUGCUAGAAAAAAAGCUUAGCAUUGCAGACCGUGCCGUGGCUACUAAUCCCAGCUGUAUAGAGCUGCAGCUGGAGAGACUCAAGAUCUGCCAAGAGCUUUGGGAACCAUCAGUUCUGGCUAAAGAGUGGAAGAAGCUGGUCUUCCUCCACCCAAAUAGUGGCCCUUUGUGGAGGGAGUAUCUUCUCUUCACCCAGAGCUAUUUCAGCAACUUCAGUGUGUCAAAGGUCAAUUCUGCUUAUGGGAAGUGUCUCAGCACGCUCAGCGCUGUCAGGGAUGGCAGCAUGGUUUCUCACCCGGCCCUGCCAGGGAUUGAAGAGGAUAUGCUGGAUAUCUUCACCCAGCAGUGUCAUUUCCUCCGUCAGUGUGGUCACUCCGAGAAGGCAUUCUCCAUCUUUCAAGCCAUGAUAGAAUUUACGUUUUACAAACCCGACAGUGUAGGAGGGCUGACCACAAAGCAACAGGCUGAGUUCUUUGAGCCAUUCUGGGACAGUGGGGAGGCAAGAGUUGGAGAGUGGGGCGCAAAAGGUUGGAAGGCAUGGAUGGUCCAACAAGAGCGAGGAGGAUGGUUGCAGCCCUGUCCAGAGGAAGAAGAGGAGGAGGAAGAUGAAGAGGAAGAGGUGAAGGACCGGAGGCAGCCUCGAUGGACAGUCUGGCUGGAUGUGGAGACAUCUCGUGAAGCCGCUCAUUGGUUGCCUUGGAGGCCUGAUAAAACCAAGGGGCAAUCAGAAGAGGACUGUGACGACCCAGAGAGACAGGUGUUGUUCGAUGACAUUGGCCCCUCUUUAAUAUGCUUGUCCUCGUCAGAGCUCCAGCUCCGCCUCCUUCUCAAUUUCUUGUCAUUCCUGGGGUUUCCAGUGGACUCUGUGUUGUCUCCUGGUCCGUGUCAGCCUGGUCUGGUUCUAGAGGACCUUUCACUGCUCACUCAGGGUCAUGACUCCCAGCAUCCUCUGACCUUCCACAGCCUACCUAGUCACGGGGUGAACUCUGUGGGUCACAUGACCACACUCCAAGGAACCAGGAAGUGUGCAGGUGUUGGAAAGCAAGGUGAGAAGUUUAUAACCAACAUGUUCAGUAUGCUGCAACCUGUCCUUCCGGUCCAACACCGAGCGGCUUUAUCGUUGAGUAGGAUGCAGUAUGAGAAACUUAAGGUUUUGCGUUGCAUGCACAGCAACAAAAAGCGUCUCCGCUCUCAGAGCAAAAGCAGCAAGCGGAUUGCCAAAUCACUGCUCAAAGAACCAGACAACCGCUCGUCUUUAGCAAUGUGGCGGGAGUUUGCCCACUUAGAGUGGAUACUGGGUAACCUCGAAGAGGCUCGGAAAGUGUUCUCCACAGCCACAGCGCUAGGGGGGACUAAAAGGCUGUGCAGCCCCAUGCUCUGUGAGUUGUGUCUGCUGUGGGCCCAGCUUGAGGUGGAAGAUGGAGCAAGUAGGCCAGGUGGAGCGCUCAGUGAUGGAGCUCCAUCCCCUGCUGUGUGUCUAUUAACCGUACUAGCAGAGGGGAACUCCUCAUCACCUUUAUCAUCACAGUUUGUCUCCCCCGUUGCCAUCCUGAAAGCCAGAAAGUCAUACGAACAAACACUGACUGCCAGUUUAUCAGCAUUGGAUGAAGACCUCUGCAAUCCCCAGGCCAACAGAAAAGGUCAAGAUGGUGUCCGAGAUGAGAAGCUGAGUUUAAAAGGCCUGGUAGGCUGCUAUGCUCUGUUCCAAUACCUCACCAUGGGCAUCCAAGCAGCGAGCACAGUCUACAUCCAGGCCAGAGAGCGUAUGGACGGGCUGCACCGGACGCUAACAUCAGACAAUGUCUCUCACCAUGAUGCUCACCACUCCAACAGCCAGCUGAUUGUUAGCAGGUUGGCUUCCGAGUGUGAGACGUUAGCGGUGCAGCAGGCGUCACUGCUGAAGUACCACAUGAGCAUCGAUGUGUUUCCUCUGGGAACUUUGAGGGACACGCUGACCUCUGUCCUUUCAAGCUGGCCAAAUAGUGCCUGUCUCUGGAACAUAUAUGUACAGGUGGAGAACAGUUACCACAGCGCUGGUCGGGCACGUCGCUUCUUUCACGCUGUAACCAGGGGCAACAGCAGUGUUGUGCCACGGCUCUUUGCUAUUGUUGCUGAACAACAAAGGAAGCAACUGGUGGAUGCUGCACAAAGAUCCUGUGACAAAAGCGCCGCCUUGAGUGUCCUGCCAGAGAAUGGUCUCAGCAAUCGUAUCCGUGGCCUGUUUGAAAGUGCUAUAGUGACCAAGAUGGGCGCUCACUGUCCUUUACUUUGGAGGAUGUACAUUCACUACCUGGUGUCAGAGGGCAAAAUGGAUAAAGCCAAGGGACUUUUCUACAAAGCUUUACAGAAUAUCCCCUGGGUGAAGGGUUUAUAUAUGGAUGCAGUGCAGCUGUUUCCUGACAACCUACAAGAGUUUAUAGAUCUGAUGACGGAGAAAGAACUGCGACUCAGGCUGCCAUUAGAAGAACUCGAUAUACUACUGGAAGACUGAAGCAGUCACACACAGACAUUGCUCAGUGGCAAAAAGACACUUAAGUGAUUUCUCUGCAUGGACUAAGAUAAGUUUGUAUGUAUGAUGUCUAAAAGUUGCAAAUUUUCACACAACAAUUACAAGCUGAUACAAUAGAAUUUGUUUAUAAUAUGUAAAAUUAUGUGACUUUGAGGUUUUAGUUAUGAAAUAAAAAGUAUUAUAAUGUGUUUCUGGUG